GGGCGCAUCGCCAUGACGUCAUCGCCCCAAUGUCAACAAUGUAGCAAUUUAGAGGAGGCGCGUGCUGGAAAUGCCACAAUCAGCAAAGAGCAAAGCAAAAGCACGCGGUCUCGAAUGUAAUCCAACACAGACGGAGACCGAACACAUCAUUCCUCCUGCUUCAAAGAAACGAAUCGCCGUGCACGCUCCUCCAGCUGUUAACGAAGCGCGAAGAAAGAGACCAUGUGAAAGCGUCUUGCAGAAUAUCUUCGUGCAGGAACGAGUGAAAGUUUAGACAGCUCUCUUGUUAUUCUCAGAAAGCUCUUCGAUGGUUGGAACUGAAAGAAGAGCCGCUGUAAUCAGAGCGACAUCUCUGAAUGAAUUGACAUGGUGGUGAUAUCUCAUUAGUGUGGGCAAAGCAAGCGAAUGACAGCUGCUAUCAGACAUUUCUCUGUCAGUGCUUUGAGCAAGGAAUGUCUACGGAGAAGCCUGAAGCUCCCAUGUAUGUGUAUGAGUCGACAGUGCAUUGUGCCAACAUCCUCCUGUGCCUGAAUGAACAGCGGAAGCAGGACGUCCUGUGUGAUGUGACAGUACUGGUGGAGGGGAGGGAGAUCCGUGCCCACAAGGCAGUGCUGGCAGCUUGUAGCCAGUAUUUCUCCCUGCUGCUCAGGGGCCAGACGGAGCAUGAGCCGGUCAUCAGCCUGCCACAGAAGAUCACGGAGAAAGGCUUUGCCCCACUGUUGCAGUUUGCUUACACAGCCAAGUUGCUACUCAACAGGGACAACAUCCAGGAUGUCAUGUGCUGUGCAGAAUUCCUAGGGAUGCACAACCUCGAAGACUCCUGCUUCCAUUUCCUACAGGCCGAGAUGAAAGGUGAGGUUGAAGGCAUGCACACCAGCCAGAAUCCCCCAUCAGAAGACGGAAACGUGCAGCCGAGUGACUCCAAACCUCAACUGUUCGGAUCAAGGCUGCACCCUGAAGCUGAGCAAUUGAAAGUCACCGACAACUUCCAUUCUCCAACCUUCGACCUCCCUCGUUAUCCCAAAUAUCGAAAGUACCAUCAGGUUCAUGCUAAGCACAACGCAACCACCUCCUCACACAGCAGUACCUCAAGCUUUCAUGGCUCCUUGCAGGACACCGUCACCAGCAGCAAUGCUCGGGGCCUGGAUCUGUCAAAGGUGAAGGCAGAGCCAGCCAGUGGAGAAGUCUGUGUACCACUAGAAUUGGCUGAGUUGGAGCAGGACUGUCUGGUCAGGGGUAAAGGCUGUGACAUAGAGAUGGACAUCGAAAUGGAGUUGGAAGGAAGGCAACUUAGUUCAACACCCACUGAAUUGCCUGUGAGCAAAAGUUCACCAGUGUGCCUGAGCUCCCUUGUUAAAAAGGAAGUCACUUCUUCAGAUGAUUAUCUUACCACUGAUCUGCAACGCGCCAGCAAAAGCUCUCACAUUCGAGAACAAGAAUUUGCUCCGGGUGACUUUCAAAAGGACUAUCAGGCUUUCAUUGGGGGACUUGAUGUGAUGUCCUCAAAGAAGGCUGAGAAAUUAACUGAUGGGGUGUCCCUCAAGUCACUUUCCUUCGAGAGGAUCUGUUCGCAGGAAGCUGAACAGGAGAGCGACCGAAAAAGCGUCAUCUUCUCCUCUCGGACCUCCUACCAUCUGGUGGCACCUGCGCACUCUUAUCCGGGUGAGAACUGUUUGGGGCAGGAAACCCCGGAAGACCUAUGGGCAGGUUCCAGCCAGUCAUUCCCCUGCUCCCAAACACUGUCCCCUACUUCUGUCUCUCAAGAGCCCCAGUUGCCCUACCGCCGCCGCCCAAAGAGCAGCUGUCCGGUGCCCAUUAAAAUGUGUCCUCGCUCGUCUCGUGCCGAAAGUCACAUCAGAACCUCCAGCUCUUGCUCUUCCUACUCCUACGCUGAGGAUGGAAGUGGAGGAUCUCCUUCCAGCCUGCCCCAGUUUGAGCUCUCUACCUCUCCUUGUUCCACCAUGGCGCGAUGCCUGGCGUUCGAACACCGGGAGAAUAGCACGUCGGGGACACCAAAAAUCAAGUGUGAGAAGUCAUAUGACACUAAUUCCAGUGAUGAAUCUGGAUCUUUUUCUGAUGGAGAUAGUGAAUUGUUUCCCACCAAAGAGCACAGUCAAGAGGUGAAACUGCCUUUCUCGGUCGACCAGAUCACAGAGCUUCCACGCAAUGACUUUCAGCUGAUGAUAAAGAUGCAUAAACUGACCUCGGAUCAGCUAGACUUCAUCCACGACAUGAGACGCCGCAGUAAAAACCGCAUCGCAGCUCAGCGCUGCAGGAAAAGAAAGCUGGACUGCAUCCAGAACCUGGAGCGUGAGAUUCACAAACUGGUCUGCGAGAGACAGAAGCUCCUAACCGAACGCAGCCAUUUAAAGACCUGCAUGGGGGAGCUGUGGGAAAACUUCUCCUUUCUGUCUCAGGAGGUCUGCAGGGAGGAACAACUGAGUCCAGAUCAGUCUCGAUCUCUAUAUAAUCUACAACCAGACCCAGUUUUAUCUGGUUCAGCUGGUAUAGACCUUAGAAUAUCUCCCAGUCCAACCAGUAUAGACAUCACCCUCACCUCACAUGGCAGCGUAGUGUCAUCCCCUGACUGUCACACCAUAGCCAAUCCUUCACACCCGCACAUUAGAGUGGACAGAGAGGCUGUGCCGCCCCAGGACACUGUCACCUCUGUGAGGUCAGGGCCCUCCCAGACGGGCAGCUCAAGUGUGACGAUUGAUUUUUGCCAGGAAAUGACCGAGAAGUGUACGACAGAAGAGCUCCCUGAGAGAAACUGAGUCUGGUAAACUGCAUUUUUAUCUUUUAACACGAGUAUUGGUUCAGUACGUGUUCAAAUGUUACUUUUUUUUCUUCUUUUUUUCCCAGUGUUAAGUUUUAUUUGUUGCUAUUUUAGGUGACUGUUCUGUUUACAUGUUGCACCUGAUUUGUUUUUGUGUGUAAAAAUGGAUGUGUUCUCGUACAUGCUGUAUAGGAUGCUAAAAUCAUUUAUCACUUUCAUUCAUUUAUAUAUAUAUAUAUAAUAUAUAUAUAUAUAUAUAUGAAUUCAUACGCACACACAUGCAUACAUAUACAUACACACACAUACAUACAUUUUAUAUAUAUAUAUAUAUAUAUAUAUAAUAUGGUUCUCAGAUUUAUCUCAGGAAUUGAAGAGUUUGUUUUUGUGGCAAGGCAACUUCAAAUCAAGCAGCAUAUGCAAGUGUGAUAUUGAGUGUUUGAAAGUGUUUUGCACCUAUUGUGCGUUCAAGCAUUCCUAAUGUGCGUAAAGAAAAAACUAAAAAGGAUAACAGAGAAACCAAACAGCUGCUCACCUCGAUUUGCAAGAAGCUGAGCAAUCUGUUUUUCCACACAGAGAAAUGAACAUCUGAUCUCUUUCUCUCUCUACAAAAGAUCAUAAAUGACGAUUAGCUGCCUAUAUGAUUGUCCCCUCCAAUAUUUUGUGAUGAAGCACCAUUUGAUACGGUCCAGAUUUUUUUCUACAGAUUUUUCCGAAGCUCAGUUUUCUAGACUGUUAAAAUGGUUGAUCAGGGAUGUCUGUUGUAUAUAAAACUCUCCAAGCAAACUUUAGUAAAUUACUCAUUCUGUUUAUUUUGGCAGCUCACAUAUAGAUGUCUCCGAUCUGACUUGAUUCCUUCAGGGUGUUACGCACAUUAACAUUUUACUGUUGUUAAGCAAAUCAAUAGUCUUAUGUUUUGGUUAUAUGUUGGUGUGGGGUGCGGACCUUUAUCAUUUUUUUUUUUUAAAUGUUAAAAAGUUUGUACACUUAACCACACUCCACUUCCGGUGUUCGAUUAUUUCCCCAGUCCUAAUGUUUUCACCAUUAAAACUUUCCAAUACUGUCCCUCCUUCAGUAUAGUGUAAUUAUAACACUUUUACAUGUUUGAUUUAAUAACAUGAGGUGAAAGUUCAAGCCUUAAGGUGACAACAGUUGGAAAAAUCUCAAUGCUGCAUUACAUUGUUGUUGCUUUAAGUGACUCACAUCUGUAUCGUCACAAUACUAAAGUUCAAAGGUGAGAUGGGGUAUAUGUUUUACUGUUUUAAUUAAGUCUAUUUACUUCAGAUUAUUGUGAACUGCAUGACUUUAAUGACAGAUAAGACAUGAUUAAAGCUGUGUUUUUAAUAUUUUGUUUGUAUUGGCCAAAAAUCAAACAGUUUUGGCCUUAAAAAAAUCUCAUAUAGUCAUGUGGGUUAAUUUGUGCACCAUAAAUGACGACUCACUGUCAAGAAUUCAAAUGUCUUACAAAUUACCAGAUUAAAUUCUUAAGAAUUCUGUGCAUAUUCAGAUUUUUUUUUUUUUUUCUCAUGACCUUUGAAUUUGGAUUUGGAUCAUGCCUUUGUUAUCUGAUGCACCACAGUUGUGAUAUGAAUACUGUGAUAAGGGCAAAUAUGAAUAUUCAUUAUUAGUUUACAUGCAGUAGGGAGAGUUUGGACAUUCGCAGAUCUACCUGUAAAAUCGAUAUACCUCUCGUCUCGGACAAGGUCUGUAGCAGAACUGGUUUACAACCUUUUUAAAAGACGUUUUACAAUCAUUUCUUUUAUGUAGAUUUUGUAUGUAUUGUACAUAUUCUGUUUAUAGUUAUUUGUGGGAUUCUUCGAAAACGAUUGUUUUGCUUUCUUUUGUUAAUCAAAUCUUGAAAAGUUGUGACCUCAAUGUUCAUAAUCUGUAUUUGUUACAUUCUUGAAUGUGUCCACAUUGAAUUUGUCUACUAGGAUAUUAAAUAAAUUGCCAAGCAUGUUUUAUGCAGAUUGAA